AUCUCUGCUCCACAUCCUCCGUCUCCACCCUCCACCUCCUCCUCCUCCUCCUUCCUCCUCCUCUUCCUCCUCCUUCUCCUCCUCUUCUUCUUCUUCUUCUUCUUCUUCCUCCUCCUCCGCCUCGGCGCCGCUUCCUCUGCGGGUGGAUGGAGGCUGGAAGCCCCGGAGACACGAGCCAUGCCCGGGAUCCGCUGCUGUCAGACUGCUGAGCACCUCCCUUCGCGCCGGAGACCACAUCCUCAAAUGACCCGCGGUUGAGGAGGGAGGGAGGGCGGGGGGGUGAGUCUCCGAGUCUCCGGAUCCAGCGCCCGGACCAUGGCAUGCUGCCCACGCCGGGCAUCCACCACUGACCAUGGGGCUCCGCUCCAGGACCGUCGCUAGCGGCUCGGAGGAGCAGAAGAAGCCGUCGUCGGGCGCUCCUCCUCCCGGGGACUUGCUGGACCAAAGCGCCGGGGGGGCGGACAAGGAUGGCGCCCUGCUCCUGGUGGCCUCGGGCCGGGACGACUACAAGCGGGGCUCCCAGGGCAUCGGCAUCGGGCUCCUGGCCAAGACCCCCCUGAACUACACCCGGCCCAGCAAGAGGAAUAACAUCCGCAAGAGGAGGAUCCAGAACCUGCUGUACGACGCGCUGGAGAGGCCGAGAGGAUGGGCGCUGCUCUACCACGCCUUCGUGUUUCUGAUCGUUCUGGGCUGUUUGAUCCUGGCCAUUCUCACCACGUUCAGGGAGCACGAGAAGGUUUCUGCACACUGGCUGGUUAUUCUGGAAACCUUCGCCAUCUUCAUCUUCGGAGCAGAGUUCGCUCUGAGGGUCUGGGCGGCCGGAUGCUGCUGCCGCUACAAAGGAUGGAGGGGGAGGCUGAAGUUCGCCCGCAAGCCUCUGUGCAUCCUGGACAUCUUCGUGCUGAUCGCCUCCGUGCCCGUCGUGGCCGUGCGUAACCAGGGCAACGUCUUGGCCACGUCCCUGCGCAGCCUGCGCUUCCUGCAGAUCCUGCGGAUGCUGCGCAUGGACCGGAGGGGGGGCACCUGGAAACUGCUGGGCUCGGCCAUCUACGCACACAGCAAGGAGCUGAUCACAGCCUGGUACAUCGGCUUCCUGUCCCUGAUCCUGGCGUCUUUCCUGGUCUACCUGGUGGAGAAGGACGACGUCUCCGAAAACGAGAACCCCACGGGUCCGCCCAAACCGCAGGACUUCGACACCUACGCCGACGCGCUGUGGUGGGGGCUGAUCACCCUGACGACCAUCGGCUACGGAGACAAAACCCCAAAGACCUGGGCAGGAAGACUGUUAGCGGGAACCUUCGCCCUCAUCGGAGUCUCCUUCUUCGCCCUGCCAGCGGGUAUUCUGGGUUCAGGUCUCGCUCUGAAGGUCCAGGAGCAGCACAGACAGAAGCACUUUGAGAAGCGGAGACAUCCAGCGGCUGGACUCAUCCAGUCUGCCUGGCGUUACUACUCCACCAACCCCAUCAGAGACGACCUCAUCGCCACCUGGAGGUUCUAUGAAACCAUCAUCUCUCUCCCCUGCUUCAGGAAGGAGACGUUGGAGGUCAUGGCGAGCCAGAAACUGAGUUUACUCGAGCGUGUCCGCCUUCCCAACGCCCGACCGUCCGUGGGCUCGGCCCGGAAGCUGAUGGGAAACACCGACUCCAUCGAGGAGAGUCCGUCCAAGGAGCCCAAACCUGCCGGCUUCAGCAACCGGGAACGCUUCCGCACGGCCUUCCGCAUGAAGGCCUACACCCUCCGCCAGAGCUCCGAAGAUGCCGGAGCCCUGGCAGAUCCAGCCUUAGAGGAGCGGGGCUUCCCCCCGGACAUCCUCCUGGAGGAGAUGAUCCCCACCCUGAAACUGGUCAUCAGGGCCGUCAGGAUCAUGCAGUUCCUCCUGAACAAGAAGCGGUUUAAGGAAACUCUGAGGCCUUACGACGUCAAAGACGUGAUCGAGCAGUACUCCGCUGGACACCUGGACAUGCUCUGCAGAAUUAAAUACCUCCAGACGAGGAUUGACAUGAUUCUUGCCCCCGGACCCCCCCUCACCCCGAAACACAAGAAGACUCAGAAGACGCCCUUCACGUACCCGCCCAGCCAGUCGCCCAGGCAUGAGUCCUACCUAGCCAAAGCCGCCUCCCUGCCAGACGCCGAUGACCAAAGCAUGAUGGGUAGAUUUGUCCGGGUGGAGAGACAGGUGGAGGACAUGGAGAAGAAGUUGGACUUCCUGGUGGACAUGCACAUCCAGCACACGGAGCACCUGCAGGUGGACUCGGCGGGCGCCGCCCACAUGACCCUGGAGGCCUGCGACCCCACGGGGAACGGCGAGAUCCGCCGCGUCUUCUUCAACUACGCCGAGGCGUUCCCGCACAUGUCCUACCAGAUGCCCGUCGGCAAGGUGAACCGGUGUCCGGGCGGGGGAGGGCGGGGGGGCACGGAGGGCAGGGCAGGAGGAGGAGGAGGAGGAGGAGGAGGCGUGGUUCCUCCAGACCCUCCUCCCCCGCCGCCACACCCACACCAGCCUCCCGCCGCCAUCCCCACGUACACGGAGCGUCCCACGGUGCUGCCCAUCAGCUCCCUGCACCUGUCGUCGAGGCCGGGGAGGACCACAGGGGGGCGGGGGGGCGACUCGCCGCUCUCCAUGCUGUCGGUGAACCACGAGGAGCUGGAGCGCUCCCUCAGCGGGUUCAGCAUCUCCGGGGAGCGGGAGGGCGAGGGGGGGGGGGACCUGUCGGCGGGGGCGCCGUUCGCACCGGGGGACGCCACCUGGACGAGACCCAAACCCAGCUACCUGGCGGAGGGGGAGACGGACACGGACACGGACCCCUUCACGCCCAGCGGGGGGCCCAUGCCCCUCUCCUCCACGGGGGAGGGGUUCGGGGACGCCGUGUGGAACACGCCCCCCUGAGGGGGACGCGUGAUUGUGAAAUCCCACGACUCUCGAGUUCAGACCUUAACUCCAGCCCACGCCUCUAAACCCAAGUCACUGGGUCAAAGCCCCACCUCUGGACCCCACCUUAGGGGGGGGGGCAACGUGGGUCUCAUCCCGCCUUGAUGCUGCAAAGUCACGAGGGGGCGGGGGGGGCGUCGACCCUCUGAGGCCCCUCCCACCGACCGCGGUCCAAACAGAGAGCCAUGGCACCGAGACUGCCCAGAAAAAAAAAAAAAAAAAAAAAGGGAAGCGAGUCCGUUUGUAAAGUAGAACUCUGUACAGUGCACUCUUAAAGAUUAAAAAAGAACAUAUACACACUAUAUACACCCAAAAGCUUUACUGCUGCAAAGCCAACGCACUGCAUGUGACGCAUGCGACUUUUAGUGUAGACACUGCAAAGUUCAGGAUAUCAGGAAACGGAAAAAGAGAUGGAAUGGAAACAUAUACUUGCUAUGCCAUUUUGUAACACCUAUUUUUUUAUAUGAAAACAUUUUCAUUGUUUCCUGGUUUUUUUUUUUUGCAUGGUUUGCAUGAUAAUGCACCAUCGUGACGUCUAGAGGGAGAAACUGGAACCAAAAGUCUCCUGUAUGUGAAUGUGUGAGGGCUGAAGACUUUCCAGGGGGACAGGACGUCCGGCGCGUCCAUCGUUCGCUCGCGUUUUUCGUUCGUCCUCACGUCGUCGCGCUGUAAAAUUCCCGUCGUUUUCUUUUCUCACCGCCGUGCUCUUCAGUUUGUUUGGCACCACUUUAUGCACAUCACCAGAAUAAUAGAAUAAUAGAAUAUGAGGAAGUAUCCGCCACAUGGAUUCAGGGAUAUAAACCACCCGUAUGUCUGUUCUAUGAAACUAGAGGCCGCGUGGAGACACGUCCACAACUCACUGCUUUUAGUUUGUCAACUACUUCACACCAAGUUUAACUUUUAACAAGGAUUUAAACUAUUAAAAGACAAAAACAACAUAAAUAUGUGUCUCCGCUACAAACAUCCAGUUAAAGGCCUUUGUUGAUGUGUUGUAACUUUAACAUGUUUGACUCUUAUUCCCACAGAUUAGUAUUUUCUGAUUUCAUUAUUAAUCUAACAAACGUCCACGAGGAGAGAGUUUAGUUUUUAUCUGCUGUGCUGCUUAAAGUUUCUUCCUCCUUCAGGAUUUCAACAGAAAAAUGAGACAAAACAUCAACAGAUUUUCACCCAAUGAGACAUGAAACAGAAAUAUUACACCUGUACAU